CUCCGAUCGCAGUUGCAUCUGGCGGUGUUUUUCGAUUUUCUCAUUCCUCUGUAUCGCUCCGGCCAAGCGGCAUAACUCAAAAACUCCGCUCCGGCUGAAAUUGUUUGACUUGUAAGUUUGUGUGACUACGCCCGAGCAGCAGCAUUAGCUAUUCAAAUCGAGUUGUAGCUGGCACAGUCGGAGGACUAGCUGAAAUCAGGACGCUUGGGCAGACCAAACGCAGCAGACACCAACAAAAACAACAAAUCGACGAGUGCGAAGAGUCACGCAAACAGGCAUUUCCAAAAUGGCGCCCACAAAAGCAACAACGCGCGCCACCAUCACAGGCGGGCAUCAUCAGCUGCAGGCGGGGGGCGCGGCCGGGAAUCCGCUCCUGGCGCUGGGCGCCGCCACCAGGAAGGGCCUCACUCGCAGGACCGCCAAUGCGGGCAACAUCAUCGAUCCCAACAACGCCGAGAACAUGCAGACGCGCGGCAAACGCAAGGCCGACCAUAGUCCCAUCAAAAAUGAUAAAAUCAAGCGCUCCGCGUUGGGUAACCUGACCAACAAUGUUAAGAUCAUGACACUGCAUCCCGGCCAGGAUGAGCAGCAGCAGCAGCAGUCGGAGCAGCCGGCCAGGAAACCCACGGCCCAGCAGCUGCAGGCCCUGCUGGAUGCUAAGAAACAGGAGAACAUCUUUGUCGCCGCCAACAAGAUGACCACACGCGCCUCCAGCAAGGUGGAGGAUUCGGUGGAGAACUGUCACAAGGUUCUGGACAAGCUGGAGGAGGCCCUGGCCAGGCCCAAGCCGCGUCCCAAGGCAGUGCCCGCCGCCAAGAAGUCUGUUCUGGGCGAGCAGCUGCCUCCCAUGCAAAUACCCGUGCUGCUGCCGCCCAUGCACAACUUGGCCGCUCCUCCGGUGCCCGCCAUCAAGCCAGUGCGCCGGAUCUCCAAUGACUUCAACAAGACUGAGGACAGCCUGUACAUGUCCGCGCUGGAGGAUGUGUCCAGCUGCGAUUCCAUGCGGCUGUCCGGGAACUUUGAGGCGGCGCGUCGUCGCUCCGCCAAGUUGCAGCAAAAGACUGAGCAGCAGCAGCCGCAGCAGCCACUGUUACUAACCCUACCAGAGACUGCUCCCAGUCAGGUGGUGCCCAUUCUGCCGGUGCCACAGGAUGUGGAGGACUUUGACCGCAAGAACUGGGAUGACCCGUUCCAGGUGUCGCACUACGCCAUGGACAUAUUUAACUAUUUGAAGGCACGCGAACCGGAGUUCCCCAUUGCCGACUAUAUGCCGCGACAGAUCCACCUGACCACCUGGAUGCGCACCCUGCUGGUCGACUGGAUGGUGGAGGUGCAGGAAACAUUCGAGUUGAACCACGAAACUCUGUAUUUGGCGGUGAAGAUCGUCGAUCUGUAUCUGUGCCGCGAGGUCAUCAACAAGGAGAAGCUGCAGCUCCUGGGCGCCGCUGCCUUCUUUAUUGCCUGCAAGUACGACGAGCGACAGCCGCCUCUGAUCGAAGACUUUCUGUACAUCUGCGACGGAGCCUACAACCACGACGAGCUGGUGCGGAUGGAGCGCGAGACGUUGCGCAUGAUCAAUUACGACCUGGGCAUCCCGCUCUCCUACCGCUUCCUGCGCCGCUACGCCCGCUGCGCCAAGGUGCCCAUGCCCACGUUGACCCUGGCGCGCUACAUCCUGGAGCUGUCGCUGAUGGACUAUGCCACUAUUGCGUUCAGUGACUCGCAGAUGGCAUCCGCCGCCCUCUUCAUGGCCCUGCGCAUGCACGGCGGCCCCGGGCAGCUGAACCAGAAGACCUGGAGCUCCACGCUCGUAUACUACACCGGCUACCAGCUGGCCGAGUUCGCCGAAAUUGUGCCCGUGCUAAAUGCCGGACUGCACCGCAAGCCGCGGGCCACCAUCAAGACGAUACGGAACAAGUACUCGCACAAGAUAUUCCACGAGGUGGCCAAGGUACCGCUGCUGACGAACCAGGAGCUCUUCCAGAGCAACCUGGACCUCAACGAAAGCAAUCUGUCGUAGGACAGCCUCAAAGUUUAGCCAAAUUCACCAUGAGCUGCAAAAUGUUACGCUUCAGUUAGGCUCUAAGACGCUUCAGCCCCCAAUUUAGCCCCACCUAAGUUCCCGCCUCAAAUCGGUAUAGACGAAACAGCGGAUAAUCCCCUGAUCUUAGCCCUAGACCCUAGUCCUUAUUAAUCCCCCGCCAAGUCCUCACAAUUUAUUAUAUUUAAUUAUUCAUUAUGGUGACCUUUGCAUUAUUGACAUGUUUUUGCAUAAAUAGUGUGUUAAGAGUGCUUAUUGUUUCUUUUUUUGCCAUGUAUUAUUGUUUAGUUUUCAUAUAUACGUUCAGUAACAUAAUAUCAAUAUCUAAACAGGAAAAGCGAAAUUAUCUGUAGCACACCCACAUCCUUUACCAAACGAUUCAUGUUAUAAUAUGUACACUAUUUUUAAGAGAUGCCAGCAUUAAAUAAACCUAACUCGUAAGCCACCAAAGCAGACAUA